ACCCUGCUGGGUACUGCUUCCAGCUGCUAGCUGCAGGGACAGGCAUCAAGGGCUCUGUCUGACCAGGCUGGGCACAGGCAAAAAUGAGAGUUCUGGCAGUGCUGUUGGGGGUGCUGGGCUUCCUGGGCGUGGCUCCAGGGGGUUCCCCUGCCCGCCACUGGGACAGCACCUCCUGCCACUUGACCAGGCACAUCCCUGGCAGGUCUCUGGGGUCCCUGAGCUUUCUGGGCAAGGAUGCUCAGGGUCUGGCUCUGUUCCUUGCCCACUGGGAUGCUCAUGGGAGGCUGCAGGUAUGCAGCUGGCAGGAUGAGCCGGAGCUCGUUGAUGUCUUCAGUGCCCUCUGUGUUCACGAGACCACUCAGCGCUUCUUUAUCCACACGCCAGGACCCGAGCUGCAGAAAGCACUGGCCGCCCUUCAGAGUCGGACCUGCCAAGGGCCCACAGGGGCCAGGGUGGUGCGAGCAGUAGAGCAGAGUGGAGCACCAGGCAGAAGGCACCUUCGAACGAAGAGAGGAUGGACCAUGCCUGGCACCCUAUGGUGUGGAGUCGGGGACUCUGCUGGAAACUCCUCAGAGCUGGGAAUCUUCCAGGGCCCCGAUCUCUGUUGCCGGGAGCAUGACCACUGCCCACAGAACAUCUCACCUUUGCAGUACAAUUAUGGCAUUCGAAACUUUCGAUUCCACUCCAUCUCCCAUUGUGACUGUGAUGCCAGGUUUCAGCAAUGCCUGAGAAACCAGCAUGACUCCAUCUCCGACAUCGUGGGUGUGGCCUUCUUCAAUGUGCUGGGGAUCCCUUGCUUCGUGCUGAAGGAGCAGGAGGCGUGUGUGGAGUGGUACUGGUGGGGCGGGUGUAAAACAUAUGGUUCCAUGCCCCUUGCCCACCUCCAGCCCAGGACCUAUUACAAUACUUCUUGGAACUCCCUGGCCACCUCCCUGCCUCCCAGUCCCCAGAGCCCAGCCCCCACCAAGCCACAAUGGAAGCAGCAUCCUCAGAAGAGGCGAUCACAGCAGAAAGUGUCUAGGCACACCAGCACGGCCAAUGCCACAGUCUUCCAGGCCCCCGUGGCCUCCUCCAGACCUGAUGUGACCCUUACAGCCCAGCUGGUGGUCCUUCAAACAGCCCUCCAUGGUCCACGGGGUAGUAAAAAACCUCAGGGAACCCGCUGUGCCUGCUGCAGCUUCCACCUCCUGGACCAAUGUACACACCAGAUCCGGCCCCAGGAAACCAAGUUCCAGCUGCUGAACAGUGGCCGUGAGCCCCUCUUCCACUGCAACUGCACGCGCCGCCUGGCACACUUCUGGAAGCUCCACAGACCACCUGUAGGUGCCAACAUGCUUUGGGAGCUACUAGGCACCACUUGCUUCAAGCUGGCCCCUCCGCCAGACUGUGCUGAGGAUAAAGGUGUUCUCAGUACAGCUCUGCAGGACUCAGGGCUGUAUCUUAGCACCGACAUUUAUGUGAGUCCUUGCUGCUCCAGAGAACUGAGAGCCGUCAAAGUGUCAGCACGGCACUUACUGCAGCUUCAGCAGAGACAACUCCAACUCCAGCAGGAUAAAGGCACUGAUAAGGCGUGGGCACGGCCUUUGCAACCCCCAGCCACCCCCCUGUCAUUCUACAACCAAUGCCUGAACCUAACUCAGGCAGCCCGAAGACCCGAAGGGCAAAAGAAGUUCUAGAGUUAGUGACCCCAGUGUCGGCUUCCCUAGGCAUCAGCUUGUACCCUGUCCCUGGCUAUGCUAGGCCCUGGGAAUCUUGACUUCCCUCUGACGGUUGGUAGGGAAGGGGCUGUUAAGGAUAGCCAGGAGGCUGCACGGGGUGUGUGUGUGUGGUGUGCACGUGUGGACCACAAGGCCCAAAUGCUGGAUCACGUUUCCUGCUGUGCUGGAUGACCUUGAGCUGGUGACACAACCCCUCUGUGCCUGGAUAUGAUGUUCAAAAGGCUUCCUCUGUUGAGCUUUGGCCUUGUCCGGGAACUUUACAUACAGCUGGAGAUGGGGAGAGAGUAGCUUAGUGCAGCAGCAACAAUGGGCUCCAGGAAAAGGUGCAUGUGUGUCCCGGUCCCAAGAGCAAUGCAUACAUAGCUCAAGAACCUGCUUCAGGAAGCCCCGCCACCUGGCUGUCAGGCCUGGGGCAGCCGGUGGGAAAAGAGGGAUGUCACAGAAAUGCCUGCCUCUGAAUCCAUGUGAGGGUGCUGGAAAGGCCUUUCCAACUCCGCCUCUUCCGGGGAGGCCUUUUCUUUUAAUAAUUGCCGAGUCUUUCCUAGCCCAUUCCUGGACUACUCUUUCUGCCCUAACCCUGAAUUCAAAUCUCCAUGCCCUUGGGCAAUGGACCUCCCUCUUCCUACUCUGAGCUUUGGUUUCCUCACCUGAAAAACGGGAUUGUAAAUAUGACCUACCUCAUAGUGUUGUUGAAGAUUAAAUUAUAUGUGUGUGUGUGUGUGUGUGUGUGUGUGUGUGUGUAUUGCUUAACACUCAGUAAAUAUUUUUCCCUUCAGCACACAGCCAAAGUGUCUGAUCUUGAGAGGUUGACUGAUAUACCUUCUUGAAGGCCUCAGUUUGCUCAUCUGUAUAAUGUUUCUAAGAAUGGCCCUGAGCCCACAGGGUGGUGGCACAGACGAAAGAUGGUUUGAAUCCUGUA